AUGCAUCUCUCCAAGCUCCUCACCCCAACUCUCGCCAUCCUAGCAUCUGCCCAGAGCCCAGGCAAUCUCCCCAUGAACACGAUGCACAUCAUGUGCCGCAGCGGCGCAGGAGGAUCGCUUGGCACUCUCUACACCGCACAAGUCGGAUUCCCAUACAAGCAAGGCAGUGGCUGCGCUGCAAUCCUCGACACCAUCAAGGAGCACAUCACCGUUCCGAUGCAGGACUACCGUUGCGUGGACGAUGGGUUUGGUGAUACGUUUCUGAGCUUCUCGACGGAGGAUGGGCAGCAGAGUUCGUUCUCGGGUGCGCUGUGGGAGGCUUUUCCGGAUGAGCGGUGCUGCACGGGUUGCGAUAAGCCUUUGGUUGGAUGA